CCUAACCCUACUUCUCUUCUUAUUGUUACAGACUGCGAUAAAAUGAUGGGAUAUGGUGUUGUUCCAGUUCGUGUAUCUUCAUCUUCAUCCUCAAAUCUAUCAGCUUCUGCUCCUCCUUUCACCGUCGAAAGUUCCAUUUCAAAACCUAAGUUGAACCCACUUGUUUCAAUCAACGAAUCGUCUUAUAUUUCAUCUAAUCCAAACUCUUUCAAUCAUGAUCCGAAACUCGAUUCAUUUGUAGCAGCACCGUAUCUUACACCAGCUAAUAACACUAAAUACUUUUCGGGAUCUUUUCCUCUUUACUCGAAUCAUUCAUCCAAUCAUCCUCAGUUUCAUUCUUCGAAUACAGACUCUGUUUCUCCUACUACUGAUGCUUUCAAUUAUCAAUAUUUGUUUGAUAAAAUCAAUGAUCCUGUUGAUUCUAUACAGUAUAGGUCUCACUAUGUUGGACAUGUGGGUAAAGAUGAGGCUCCUCUUGUGUCCCUUACUGAAACUAACGAUGGGUUCUUGCCAAAUACGUUUCGUGAUGGUUUAUCUCUGCAUUCGUUUGGUUUGGAGUAUACUCAUCAGGGUCGUGAUUUCUGGAAUGGAGAAGGUAACUUGGAGCAAGCUUUGCAGGUGCAUGAUGAUGUUGCAGCUCCUUCUUACAUUCACAAGGAUUACAGGAUAGGAGAUUAUGCCAUCUCAAGCAAACUUGAUGUAUCACAUAAAAAAGAUGUUGGUUCGAUGAGCAGGGAGAGCCAAAUUCAGUUUCCUGGUCUGGAAGCAAAUAAUAGUAAUAAGAUUGCAACGCUUUCAGAGCAGUCAUACAGAUCGAUUUUUGGCGAAUCUUCUGGAAUGAGUUCAACAUUUGAAAGAUCUCGAACAACUGUUCCAAAGAUAGGAGGAUUGGUAUCUUCUGGAUAUAAUAACGCAUUUGUUCCUCCCACUACGACAUACGAAAAGGAACAGCAGGUGAUACAAGAUAUGGAUUCCUUGAAAGGUUACACUACUAAUAAACACAGUUUCUACACGAAAAAGGAUGAUAAUAUCUUUGACACGUCAUCAUUUGCGAGGAGCGAAGAUAUGUCGAGUAAAGUUGUUGACAACGAUUAUAUCCAGCACAAAAUUCCCAGCAUUAACGUUUCAAAAGGCUAUAAUUCCGUCCUUGGAAACAUGACUGUUGUAACGGAAAAUCCUUCUGAUAGCUACAUACCUGCUGUCGAUUCCCCCUGCUGGAAAGGGGCUUCUGCUUCUCGCAUUUCUUCAUCUGAAGAAUGUGAAGUUACAAACCCGAACCAUCUCAAGAAGAAUUUCGAUUUUUUUGGUUUACAAGAAAAGGGCACUGAUAACAAUUUAUCAGUUGAAGACAAUGGAGGCAAUCGCAACGAGUAUGUAGAGCAGAUUUUAGUUGAAAACAAAAAAAUACGCAAAAAUUCUCCAGAAAUGGAUAGAAGAGAAAACAAGCCCAUCAGUGACUUGACAAAUGAACCUAAUUUAAAGGACUUAACUGCUGAAAGCUUUGAUUUUUUAUCCACUAACAGUGCUAGUGAAGAUGCCUCAUGUCUGCCUGCUAAGGAGGUUGCUGAGAACACAGAGAAAAUUCAUUCAACCAAAUCAUCACCAAAAAUGACUACCCAGGUGUUGGUUAAUUCAAUCUGCAACCUUUCUGAAACGCUCCUGUUUCAGGCUUCAACUGAUCCCAAAACCAUAUCCGAAAAAGAUUGUGAGGAUAUUAGGCUUAUGAUCAGUAAUCUUGAAGAAUUUUUAUUAAAAAAGACUGGACGAGUGGCGGUUCGAGAACAGGAACCAGUACUUCCUGUAGAACAAUGCACUCAAGAUCAUCUAAAGGACACCGCGAUGGGUAGGUAUGAUAAUUUUGGCAGUCGUGAAGUAAACCUUGUUUCAGGUAAGGAUGUCGACAAAAGUUUACCUGGAGGAGGUGAUGUGGACAGCCUAAAAGAUGAAAGCAUGAUUUGCGGAUUGAAAGAAGUUCUAAGCAAGAAUUUCAAAAUUGAGGAUGAACUGCAUCCACAAACUGUCCUAUAUAAGAAUCUAUGGCUUGAGGCUGAAUCUGCAAUAUGUGCAAUGAAUGUUAAAGCUCGCUUCAAUCGAAUGAAGCUCGAGAUGGAGAAAUUAAAAUCGAACUCCUUUGACUUGGCAGAAAACUCCAAGAUUGUUGAGGAAGAGGAGACAGCAACAUCUACAGUCACAGCCACCAACCAAGAUGUGGCGGUGAAAGUCUCGCCUGAACCUAGCCCUGUUUUAGAUAAGUCGACGAACGUUUCAUCACCGAUUCCAUGCAAAAACGACGUGGAAGCUUCUGUAAUGGCUAGAUUUCAGAUACUUAAGACCCGAGGAGAAACAAACAUCUCUAAUUUGGAAAACAAUGUUGAAGAGGAAGAUGUGAAAAGUAAGAAGGUCUGCGAUAAUGAUGAAAUGAUGAAGAAGACGAUUGAUCAGCAGUGGAGAAGUUUGUACAAGAACAAAGUCUUGUAUCAUCAGGGGAAGUCUGAUAAUAGCUCGUCAUCUGACUGGGAACAUGUUCUCAAAGACGAAUUUGAGUGAGAUCUUUGCAGCAAAAAAACGAUGUUUUUCGCUGUUGUUUGGUUAUUGUAAAUAAUUAAUAUCCAAACUAAACCACUUUGUGGGCUAUUGUUUCCAUUAUGUAAACUGAAUGAAUGCUUUCUAAUAACUACUGUUGUUUUUGGAAGAUUGACAUGAA